GUCCUCCUCCGGCCCAGGAUAAGAGAUGAAUGUGGUCCAGGAGGGAGGGGCUGAUCCCUCACAAUGAGCUGGUCCAUGCUUGCUUAUAAAGAGCCUGCAGGAUACGCCGACUUCCUUCUCAGUGUCACUUUUUUUUCCUGGGCAUCUAACAAAGCACCACCAACCUCUUGCUCACCAUGAGUAACCCCGGCUUACGCAGUUCUUCCACUUCAUACCGUCGCACUUUUGGGGGUCCCCUCUUGUCCCCGGUCUCUUAUACCUCCUCCUCCAGGUUCUCUUCUUCCAGGCACUUGGCGAGCCCAUCUCCAGGUCCCUCCAGCCGCUCCUCUUCUGCCUAUAGGGUGAGAUCCAGCACACCGGUCAGAGUUAACUUGGACAGAGUAGACUUCUCUGUAGCUGAGGCUCUGAAUCAGGAGUUUCUGACCACUCGCAGCAAUGAGAAGGCGGAGAUGCAAGAGCUCAAUGACCGCUUUGCCACCUUCAUAGAAAAAGUGCGGUACCUGGAACAGCAGAAUGCGGUUCUGGUCACCGAGAUCAACCAAGCCAGAUCCAAGGAGCCGACCCGGGCGGCGGACCUGUGUCAGCAGGAGCUGAGGGAGCUGCGCCGGCAGCUGGAUGUACUGGGGAAGGAUAAGGACCGCGUACAGGUGGAGAGGGACAACCUAGCAGACGACCUCAACUUCCUCAAGCAGAGGUUGGAUGAGGAGGUCCAUAAACGUGAAGAUGCAGAAAACAAUCUUGUGUUAUUUAGAAAGGAUGUAGAUGAUGCUACCCUCUAUCGGCUGGAGCUGGAGAGAAAGAUUGAAUCUCUGAUGGAUGAAAUAGAAUUUCUGAAGAAGCUUCAUGAGGAGGAACUUAAUGAUGUGCAGGAAACAGUGCAAGUACAACCAAUACACAUGGAAAUUGAGGCAUCGAAACAGCCCGACCUGACAGCUGCACUGAGAGAAAUCCGAACUCAGUAUGAGUCCAUAGCAGCCAAAAAUCUGCAGGAAUCUGAGGAUUGGUACAAAUCUAAGUUUGCUGACCUGUCAACUGCUGCAAAUCGGAAUAAUGAGGCUCUGCGUCAAGCUAAACAGGAAAUGAAUGAAUCCCGGCGCCAGAUCAAGAGCCUGACUUGUGAAAUUGAAGGGCUAAAAGGAUCGAAUGAAUCUCUGUUACGUCAGAUGAAGGAUUUGGAGGAUCAAUUUGGGGUGGAGGCAGCUAACUACCAGGAUACAAUUGGAAGACUAGAUCAGGAGAUACAACAUAUGAAGGAGGAGAUGGCGCGUCACCUGCGGGAAUACCAGGAUCUGCUGAAUGUUAAGAUGGCACUAGAUAUUGAGAUUGCAACUUACAGAAAACUGCUGGAAGGAGAGGAGAGCAGGAUUUCUGUGCCUGUGCACUCCUUUACAUCUCUUAGUAUUAAAAGUCCGGCUCCUGAACCUGAACCCAUGCCUGAAGUUCAUACUAGGAAAACUGUAGUAAUUAAAACAAUUGAGACUCGUGAUGGGGAGCAGGUAGUCACUGAAUCCCGGAAAGAGCAGUCUUCAGAAGGCAACAAGUGACCUCUUACUUAUAAUUCGAGACACCCGGUGCCCCUGGAAAACUCUGAAUUAACCCAAGCCUAGAGACCAUAAAGCCGCCUGUGCUAUCCCAUUUGACUGACCGAUAUGGAACAGCAUCCAUGUGGAAAUUAGGGGUUGCAUUACUAUCAUCCAUUAUUUGAUGAUUAAUCAGCUCCUAAAAGCCUGUGUUCUAGAUAUUAGUGUCAAUAUUUGUUUUCAGAAUUUAACCCAUACUAAUGUUGUAUGUAAUCACAAUGCAGUGCUUAUGUGUUCCCACAUUAUAAAUACUAUUCAACACUUAUUCUUCCUACAAACAAAAUCACCAGCUGCAUUAACUGAUAGCUGUUGAAAUGAUUAUUUAACCUAUACAGACAUGUUCACUUGUCUUGAAGUCAUAUUUACCUUAUAAACCUAAUUUGGUAAAGCUUUAACCCUUUACUGGCAGAAAGGUUAGAAAAGUGUUGAUGACUUUAAGAUAUACUGUAUAUGGCAAGGGAGAAUUUCAGACAAAAACAAAGCUGAGGUUAUCUCAAUGCUUGAUAAUAUACCUUCUAGUAUUAAAGUGCUAAAGAAGACAAUGGCCCAUAUUAAUCAAGGUCUGGCGGACCAGAUCCAACACUGCGGAUCAGGUCCGCCAGACCUCGCUGAAUACGGCGAGCAAUAUGCUCGCCGUAUUCAGCAUUGCACCACCAGCAUUGGCCGGCCGCCAACAGGGGGGUGUCAAUCAACCCGAUCGUACUCGAUCGGGUUUAUUUCCGGCAAUGUCUGUCCGCCUGCUCAGAGCAGCGGUCUUUGUGACCGCUGCUUCAUAAAUGCUGUUUCUGGCGAGCCUGCAGGCUAGACAGAAACAGGGGGCAUCAAGCGCCAUACGGAGCUUGAUAAAUAUACCCCAAUGUAUUCUCUCACUAGUAACAGCAUUUCUCAGCUUUAUCAUAUUCUGGUCCCUCAGUAUCACCGUACAUAUGACAAAUCAAGCGUGCUGGUUGGCUUUAGGUGCUAGCUGCUGCCCAGGGUAGGAAGUGCUUGAAGACAAGACAGCUGUGAAGCGACUUUGGUGCUAUGAUUACCUUGCCUCUUAGUAAUGGUUGGGAAUCCACCCUAUAAGCCUUUUAGCAAUGUACAGUACAUGUGCCAUGUUUGCUUAACCAGUCAAUAAAACAUUUACAGCAAUCAAA